GGGUUUUUGGUUUCAAGGAAAUCAUAACGCCGUCAAACUGCACAGCGCCUGAUGAUCUCAUCUUGAACUUGGAUCAUGAUUGGCCGGUUUAUGUUAACCCAGGGAUUCUGCUCCUCCUCUACUUCACGAUGGCUUGUGUUCUGAAAAUUGGAAGCCCGUCUUCCAGCGAGAAGAAGGAAGCGGAGGACGCUCGUUCCUCCAGUCAGGCGCAGCACAGCACAGUGGAGGUGGAGCUGACACCCUGGGUGUCGCACGGUGCAAAGCAAAUAUUGCUGCCUGCUAAUGCAAUGCCUAGAUCUGAUGCUGAGAGUUUCACAGUGCAUGUGAUGAGUGGCUCAAGUCAAACUGAACUAGGCACCCCUGGUGGAGAGAAUAGGGACAGUCCUCUGCUCAUGAUUGGCUGCAUGAUCCUGCAGCAGAGCUACAUCUGCGCUCUCAUUGCCAUGAUGGUGUGGAGUAUCACUUAUCACAGCUGGCUGACAUUCGUCCUCCUGCUGUGGGCUUGUCUGAUCUGGAUUGUGCGCUCCCGGCAUCACUUUGCAAUGAUCUGCUCCCCCUUCAUCCUGCUCUACGGCAUGUCACUCUGCAGCGUCCAGUACAUCUGGGCCAUGGACCUGGAGCCCGAGCUGCCUGACCGAGUCGGAUUCAUGAGCCUCAAACAGCUGGGCCUUGAGCACAGCCCCCAGCCCUGCCUCAAACUUGGAGCAAUGCUCCUGUAUACCCUGACCUUCUGGCUGCUCUUGCGUCAGUCAGUAAAGGAGAAGUUCACCAGGAAGAAGGCAGCCACAGCUACACUACUGGAGGUCACCACAAGAGAUACCGAAGCUGGCCGGAACGAGACCCUGCUGAAGGUGCUGGGUGCGCUGGUCAUGGAUUUCUACGCCAAGUACUGGAUCUAUGUGUGCGGGGGCAUGUUCAUCGUGGUCAGCUUUGCUGGCAGGCUAGUCGGAUACAAGAUAGUAUACAUGCUGCUCUUCCUGCUCUGCCUCUGCCUCUACCAGGUGUACUACGCGCUGUGGCGGCGGCUUCUCAAGGUCUUCUGGUGGCUGGUCGUGGCCUACACCAUGCUGGUGCUCAUUGCUGUCUACACCUUCCAGUUUGAGGACUUCCCCACUUACUGGAAAAACUUCACAGGAUUCACCGAACAUCAGCUGGCGGAUGUUGGUCUGGAGACCUUCAAGCUGUCUGAUCUCUUCACCAGCAUCCUCAUCCCAGGGUUCUUCCUGCUGGCUUGUAUCCUGCAGCUGCACUACUUCCACCAACCCUUCAUGAGGAUCACAGACCUAGAGCACACCCCUCAGAAAGACCGCAGACUGAGAAACCGGAAGGAGCCAGGCAGCAAAUCAGAGCUCCUGCAUGAAGUGGAGGGGGAGGGGCUAGAGGAAAAGGAGGUGGAGCUAGAGAGUGAGCAUGGGGUCGACCAAUUAGAAGAUGAAGCCUUGCCCAGUAAGUGGGGUCUGGUGGUGGACCGGCUGAUGGUCCUGUUCAAGACGUUCUCUGAGAUCCUGACCAGGGUGCAGGUCUUCAUCUGGAGGAUCCUGGAGCUCCACAUUCUCAAGAUGGUGGCUUUCUUCGUCAUCUGGGUGGCUCUGCAAGAGCCUUCGGUGAUGAACCUGGUUCUUGUGGUGCUCUGGUCCUUUGCCGUGCCCUACACCCGUUUCCGCCACAUGGCCUCCUGCCUCUCCACUGUCUGGGUCUGCGUCAUCAUUAUCUGCAAGAUGCUUUACCAGCUGAGUAUCAUCAACCCCAUAGACUAUGCCAGCAACUGCACAAAGCCCUAUCCUAACGAGACCAAUCUAGAGAAAGACAACAUCCCAUACUCUAUCCUGUACAAGGAGCCAGUGGACCCGGCUAACUGGUUCGGCUUCCGGAAAGACACCCCUAUCCUGGGCUACAUCAAGAACCACCUGUUGGUGUUGAUGUUGCUGGUAUUUGAGGCCACGGUGUACCGGCACCAGGCACACUAUAACCAGCAGCAGCAGACUUCCCCCACGGCCACACACACCAUCUUCAGUGAGGUGUCUCGAGAGCAUCUGGACCGGAGCAUUCUGGACUGUGUCAAGUACUUUGUCAACUACUGGUUCUACAAGUUCGGGCUCGAGAUCUGUUUCCUGUUGAUGGUGAAUGUGAUUGGCCAGCGCAUGAAUUUCCUGGUAAUUUUCCAUGGCUGCUGGUUGGUGGUGAUCCUGACAAGGCGUUGCCGGGCUGCCAUUGCUAAAAUCUGGCCCAAAUACUGCCUGUUUCUGGUGCUGUUCCUGCUCUACCAGUACUUGCUUUGCCUGGGUAUCCCCCCAGCACUAUGCAUUGAUUACCCAUGGCGCUGGAACACUGCACUCACCAUCAACUCGGCGCUGAUCAAGUGGAUAUACCUGCCAGACUUCUACACAUUGCCCAAUUCCAAAAACCUUAUCUAUGAUUUCCUCCUCCUCUUGUGCGCCUCGCAGCAGUGGAAGGUCUUCGAGAAUGAAAAGACGGAAGAAUGGAUCCGAUUGGCUGGCCGCAACACAGAUGAGGCCAAUGCCAUGCAGGACAAGGUGAACCCCGUUCCCAACUUCAUCAACUGCAGGUGUUACCUGGACAUGCUCAAGGUAGUGGUGUUCCAGUACCAGUUCUGGUUCGUGCUGGCAGUGUUGUUUGUGACUGGCUCCACUCGAAUUAGCAUGUUCGGGCUGGGCUACCUCUUGGCCUGCUUCUACUUCCUGCUGUUCGGUACCCAGCUGAUCCAGAAGCCUGCCAAGUCUAGAUUGGCUCUGUGGGAUUGUCUCAUCAUCUAUAACGUGGCCGUCAUCAUCUCCAAGAACAUGCUGUCUCUCCUGGCCUGUGUGUUUGUGGAGCAGAUGCAGAAUCGCUUCUGCUGGGUCAUCCAGCUCUUCAGCCUGGUGUGCACUGUUAAGGGCUAUUAUAACCCGAAUGAGAUGAGGAAUGACAAUAAUGACUGCAUUCUUCCGGUGGAGGAAGCCGGGAUCAUCUGGGACAGCAUCUGCUUCUUCUUCCUCCUGCUGCAGAGGAGAGUCUUCCUCAGUCACUACUUCCUGCAUGUUGUGGCAGACCAGAGGGCCUCUGCACAGCAGGCUUCCAGGGGGUUUAAGCUGUUCAAGGCCAGCAUUGUGAAGAGCAUGAACUUCCACCAGGAGGCAGAGCAGAAGUCCCUCGCGCAGCUCAAGAGACAAAUGGAGCGCAUUCGAUCUAAGCAGAAAAAAUACAAGGAGGGGCGUCGCUCUUUGGACACCAAGGAAGAGGCUGAGCCAAUCGAGCGAGAUGCCGACAGAAAGACAUCCAAGCAGAAAAAGAAGUGGUGGCAGCCCUGGCAAGAUCAUGCCACAGUCUUGCACUCGGGGGAAUAUUACCUCUUUGAGUCGGACAGCGAGGAAGAGGAGGAGCUGCAGGGGGAAGAGCAGAAACCUCCGCGGCAAAGCGCUUUCCAGCUAGCAUAUCAGGCAUGGGUGACGAACGCCAAGUCAGCACUGAACGAUAGACGGCAGCAGCAGAGGGAACAGGGCAGACUGGAGAAGGACAAAGCCAGGCAGGGCAGCCCUCGGCUCCCAGUCGUGGGAGAUGAGUGCAAGGCUGACAGCGGGGACCUUACUGUGCAAGAGGAGGAGCUAGAAGAGGGAGACUCGGGUAAGAGUGACAUCAUGCAGCGCCUCCUGGAAAUACUCAAGUUCCUCUGGGUGCUGUUCCUGGCCAUGGUGGACGGCGCCACCCAGUGGCUUAAUACCCUGACAAAGCAGUAUGUCGACACCUCUACUGUACUCUGGAUUGAGCGCUACCUGCUGACGCACAAAAUCAGCCAGGAGCAGAAGCCUGGCAAAGACAUCUCAGAGGACCAGAGAUUCCUGGAUAGUGAGUGUCCGACCGAGGAAACCACCUCCCAGGGGUUGGGUCUGGAGGAGCCAGAGAAAGACACUGAAAACAUCCAAACCAACAGUACAAGUGGCUGUGAGGUGGAGGAGCUUUUGAGUACAGACCGUACCACCCCCUUCACCACGGGGUACAGCACAAGAACCAACAGCUGGGAGCGUAUUCUGGAACUGGAGCCCGAGCGAGACCCUGGUGCCACCCAUUCCCGGCUCAGGACUGCCAGCGAGAUGCUCACAGAUAGGCACUUCCUAUUUGAGGAGCUGGAGGAGUCUCGGCAGUUCUACUCUUCUCAGAACCGAGCCCUCAAGCUGCUGCUUGCGUUCUACAACCUGCUGGCGAGCCACUCCGAGAUGGUGUGCUACUUCAUCAUUGUGCUGAAUAACAUGGUGACUGCCUCCGUCAUCUCGCUGGUCCUGCCCAUCCUCAUCUUCCUAUGGGCCAUGCUGUCUAUCCCGCGGCCCAGCAAGAAGUUCUGGAUGACUGCCAUCGUCUACACCGAGGUGAUGGUAAUUGUGAAGUACUUGUUCCAGUUCGGUUUCUUCCCCUGGAACAGCUACUACGACACUAAGCUGAAUGAAGGCAAGCCUUUCUUCCUGCCUCGUAUCCUGGGCCUGGAGAAGAUGGAUAACUAUGUCAAAUAUGACCUGAUCCAGCUGCUGGUUCUCUUCUUUCAUCGGUCCCUGCUCCAGAGGUAUGGUCUGUGGGAUCAGGAUGGACAUCUGGGGGAGAAAAAGAAAGAGAAGACAACAACUGUAGAGGUGAGUGAGGAAAUGGAAGGAGCCCCAUUGAAUCCAGACCCCAGCCAGACUGAUUCAGAAGGGGCCAAACCAGGUCAGGAUCUGGUUCCUCCUGGGCCAGAGGAAGCCAAACUGGGCCAGGAUGAAGAAAGGAAUCCUGAUCAGAACCAGGAGCCACCUCUCCACCAGGACACCCCUGUCCCUCCAGCGAAGGGAGACAAGAAAGGGAGCAUCCUACGCUUCCGCAGGAAACGGAAACAGGCCAAAGAUAUCAAAGAGAGUCCCCAGGAGAAGAAGAAAGCCAGAGAAAAACGCAGAGAGCGGGCAAGCAAGAAGCUGCGAGCACUGAGUGAGAAAGUGAAGCUCCUCCUCCUCACUCUAAUCCGGAAUGUUUACAAGCCAGUCCACGAGUUCUUCCACAAUAUUCUCCACACAGAUUAUCGUGCCGCUACAGACGUCUACGCACUCAUGUUCCUGACUGACGUGGUCGAUUUUGUCAUCGUAAUCUUUGGGUUCUGGGCUUUUGGAAAGCACUCGGCAGCUGCAGACAUCGCCUCCACUCUGUCGGAAGACCAGGUACCUGAGGCCUUCCUGGUUAUGCUACUUAUCCAGUUCAGCACCAUGGUCAUUGACCGUGCCCUCUACCUGCGCAAGACUGUGCUCGGAAAACUCAUAUUCCAGGUCCUCCUGCUCUUCGGAAUACACUUCUGGAUGUUCUUCAUACUGCCCGCAGUGACAGAAAGGAUGUUCAGUCAGAAUACAGUGGCUCAGCUUUGGUACUUUGUGAAGUGCAUCUACUUCGCUCUGUCAGCCUAUCAGAUCCGCUGUGGCUAUCCCACCCGUAUCCUGGGGAACUUUCUCACCAAGUCAUACAACCACCUCAACCUGUUCCUUUUCCAAGGGUUCCGUCUGGUGCCGUUCCUGGUGGAGCUGCGGGCAGUCAUGGACUGGGUCUGGACUGACACCACCCUCUCGCUCUCCGACUGGAUGUGUGUGGAAGACAUCUACGCCAACAUCUUCAUCAUUAAGUGCAGCCGUGAGACAGAGAAGAAAUACCCCCAGCCAAGGGGUCAGAAGAAGAAGAAGAUUGUCAAGUACGGGAUGGGCGGGCUUAUCAUAUUCUUCCUCAUCUGCAUCAUCUGGUUCCCGCUGCUCUUCAUUUCAUUGGUCAGAUCUGUCGUGGGUGUGGUUAACCACCCAAUUGACGUCACUGUGACUAUCAAGCUGGGGGGAUAUGAGCCUCUCUUCACCAUGAGUGCACAGACGCAGUCAAUCCAACCCUACACUCAGCAAAACUAUGACAAGCUAACCCAUGCGUUUGAAACCAACCCUGUGGCGAUGCAGUUUAUCACGCUAUACAGCUACGAGGACAUUGUGGUGGCCAACAUAGAGGGCAGCUCCGGGUCUGUGUGGCGCAUCAGCCCUCCCAGCCGGCAGAAGAUGAUUGAGGAGCUUCUGAACAGCUUGGCGGACAUGACGCUGCGCUUCACGUGGAAUUGCCAGAGGGACUUGGGGAGAGGAGGCACGGUUGAGCACAGCUUCGACAAGCACUCUAUUGAUCUGAAUCCCAACGACCCUGUCCGCAAAGAGCUGGCUUCUCUGCUGAUGGGAAAUGACACCAACGCUGUGCGUAUUCGUCAUAUGUUCCCAAAUUAUAUUAGGGCACCAAACGGAGCUGAGGCCAAACCUGUCAAACAGCUGUAUCCAGAUGAUGAAGACAGUUACCAGGAUGUGAUGUUAACAUUAAUCAAGGAUCGCAGUUCUGAUUCCAAUGGGCUGCAGGAGUGGUGGGAUAUCCACAUUGUAGACUGUGACCGUGCCACUGGGGACUGUGAUGUCCUGCCCAUGGUGAUCUUCAGUGACAAGGUCAGCCCUCCCAGCCUGGGCUUCCUUGCUGGAUACGGGAUCAUGGGGCUGUACCUGUCGGUGGUGCUCGUGAUCGGGAAGUUUGUGCGUGGGUUCUUCAGUGAGAUCUCACACUCCAUCAUGUUUGAGGAGCUGCCCUACGUGGACCGCAUCCUCAAGCUGUGCACAGACAUCUUCCUAGUGCGUGAGACUGGGGAGCUAGAACUGGAGGAAGAGCUGUACUCCAAACUCAUCUUCCUGUAUCGCUCGCCCGAGACAAUGAUCAAGUGGACUCGCGACAAGGACUAAACUCACUGGAGCUGCUCCAGACAGUCUUCUCAAACAGGCCAAGCGAUAUCAGACCUCUGUUCUCUUGAAAUGCUCGACAGGAGAGCUCUGAAGAGAUCCUGACCUGAAGACUUCGCUGCUUAUCCUAACGAGUCAAAAUGAAAAGAUAUAGAAUGAAAGCAAAUGGCUUAUUUUUUCAUGCUGUAGUGAGGGGGGGGGGAGUUUAUAGAAAAGCAGGCUUUUACUCCACUGCAAAUUUUUGUUUGAUUGUUUACAGCAGUCCAGAUCGUUGGCACUAGUGUCAUAUCUGUCCAAUUCCAGGCAGUCUUACUCAUCUCUUUUUUUUAAUUAUUAUUUUUUAUAUACUGGUAGCGAGUUCCUCCCGGUAAACCAAGGACAACAUUGCCGCUUUCUCUCCCCCGCCCGAAAUUCCCUUGGGAGGGGCAGCUCAGAACUUACCUCAUACCUCAAGUAAGUUGAAAGUCACAUGCAUCUUUUCUCUUUUUUUUUUUUUUUUUUUUUUUUUGAGGGAAAUGAAACAUUUUGAAGUCAAGGUGGUGUUGAUGCUAUACGAGGGGUAUAGAAUGUGAAAAAAUGAGGACUUUGAGCAGUGACAAUGUGCUUGCCUUCUUUUCUUGUCUUUACCCACCACUGAUUUAACUACUAUGAAGGAGAGUGUUUCAGUGGAAGGGAAGUUCCUUGUGAAGGCACAGUAAAGGAUAACGUAGUUCAGAACUACACGAGGUAUCACAAUCAGAUGUCAUCGAUUUGGACACAAAGAACUUUUUUUAAAUAGUUCAUAGAAUGAUUUUAUAUGCAAACACUAGCACUAUUGUGUCAUUUUUUUUCUGUCCAUGGAAAUUUGCAAUACUAGAGCAGAUUUUUUUUUUUUUUUUUUUAAGGACUUGUUUUAAGUUUUUCUGCAGCCUUGCAGGGUUAUACCUAAACUGCUUAAACAUUUCAUGAUCAACUCACAUAAGGUCUAAGGGUGUUUGUUUAUAUAAAUACAACACAAUUUUGGACCACAUACAUUUUGGGACUGCAAUAUUCAGUGUUAUAUAAAAUAAAGCUUUGGAAUUAGUUGUCCAUGCUCUAGCUCUGGAGCGGACCUUGCCAGCUUUGUGAGCAGAGCUGGAGCAACGCUACUAUUUCCUGCCUUACCCAUUUGAAAAAAAAAAAAAGAAUUAUUGAAUUAACAUUUGAAUUAACAAAAUAAAUAAAUACAUCAAAUAACUAAAUGUCAAUUCAGAAUUCAAAAGAUGUCAAUUUUUUAAGGCACAUAAUAUUUGUAUUGAAGGGGUCAUCCACAAUUAUCAACCAGAAUCCUGUAUUCUGGGAUGUGCAGCCAGAAGAGGACAGUGAGUGAAGUUACUCAAAUGCAAUCCGACAAGUACAUCAGAGGGUAGGAUUGAAUAAUAAAAUAAAAGCUUGAAGAUCGAUACAAAAAUCAAGGCAGUUAUCAUGCACACAGUGUAGUUUGUGACACAGACCAUUACAUGAAAUGUAUAAUGUGUAUUAUAGAAAUACUUAAAAGAAGACCUACUAGAUGCUAUAUUUUAUAGAACUUUACCUGGUUGGAACAAACAUGGUAUUUUCAAGUUCAUAUAUGUUCAAGGUUCAGACAUGUAUUUUAAUAUUUGUUAAUUUGCAAAACAUGUCAAAGUAAUUAUACGUAACAUUUCUAUUAAAGUUGGAAUUGUCUUACUUUUACACUUGUGAAUUAAUUACUAAACAAAGGAUGCCAUAUAGUAGACACUAAUUUGAU